GUGAGGGAGGCUCCUGUAGCGAAGCCACUGAGAAGGGAGUCUGAGAGGUAGACUGAGACGAAGCCUACCUGGAAAAGGCCCAUGAGCACCUGAGAGAAAGAGACACCUGGAGAUUUGGUUAGUAGGACAGAGGGAUUACACUCUGCGGGAGACAACACAAGGACUUUAACAGCAGCAGCAGCAGCCAUGGUGGACGCAGCAGCAGCAGAGCAGUUCCUGGAUGCCAACCCGCAGUUCGCCAAGCAGUACUACGACAUCAACUUCCGACCCAAGGUCAUCUCAGACCUGCUUGACAACAACCGCAAGGUGAUGAUGGACGUCAGCACGUUUCACGACAUGUCCACGGUGGACGAGAGUGAGGUCCUCUUCGAUCUGGUGCGGGACAUCCAGGACAACCUGAAUAUGGAGAAGGCCGUCUUCAACCUCAUGAGACACCUCAGCUUCAUUAUGAGGGCCGAUCGUAUGAGUUUGUUCAUGUACCGGCAGAGGAAUGGAACGGCCGAGCUCGCAACCAGGUUAUUUAACGUCAAUAAAGAUUCGGCGUUUGAUGACUGCCUGGUGCAGCCAGACAGUGAGAUUGUGUACCCGCUGGAUAUGGGUAUUGUGGGCCACGUGGCGACCAGCAAGAAGAUGGUCAACGUUCCAAAUGUUUCUGAGAGCCCUCAUUACAGUGAAUUUGUGGACGAGCUGACCGAGUACAAGACCAGGAACAUCCUCGCUGUCCCCAUCAUGAACGGUAAAGACAUGGUGGCCGUCAUGAUGGCCAUCAACAAGUUGGACGAGCCUUGCUUCACUACGAAGGAUGAAGAGACCCUGAACAAGUAUCUCAACUUUGCCAACCUUGUCCUGAGAGUCUUCCACCUGAGCUACCUGCACAACUGUGAGACCAGGAGGGGACAGGUGCUGCUGUGGUCAGCCAGCAAGGUGUUUGAAGAGAUGACAGACAUAGAGAGGCAGUUCCACAAGGCCUUGUACACAGUCAGAGCUUUCCUCAACUGUGACCGUUACUCUGUGGGCCUGCUGGACAUGACCAAGACUAAGGAGUUCUUCGACCUGUGGCCAGUUCUUAUGGGAGAAGUUCCACCAUAUGAUGGACCCAAAACUCCUGAUGGCAGGGAAAUUGUCUUCUACAAACUGAUUGACUACAUCCUGCAUGGCAAAGAGGACAUCAAAGUCAUACCGACUCCUCCGGCAGAUCACUGGUCUCUAAUCAGCGGUUUACCAACCUAUGUUGCUGAGACUGGACUGAUCUGUAACAUCAUGAACGCAGCUGAGGAUGAGUUUUUCGCCUUCCAGAAAGAGCCUCUGGACGACUCCGGCUGGACCAUUAAGAACGUCCUGUCCAUGCCAAUCGUCAACAAGAAAGAGGAGAUUGUGGGUGUGGCCACGUUCUAUAACAGGAAGGAUGGGAAACCCUUUGAUGAAAUGGACGAAACGCUGAUGGAGUCUCUGACCCAGUUCCUGGGCUGGUCGGUGCUGAACACUGACACCUACGACAAGAUGAACAAGCUGGAGAACAGGAAGGACAUCUUCCAGGACAUGGUGAUGUACCACGUCAAGUGUCGCAAAGAUGAAAUCCAGAAUAUUCUGAACACCAGGGAGAGAUGGGGGAAGGAACCAGACGAGUGUGAGGAGGAGGACCUCCAAGAGAUUCUGUCGGAGGUUCUGCCAGACUCUAAGAAAGCGGAGAUCUUCGAGUUCCACUUCUAUGACUAUUAUCACACCGAAAUGGACCUGGUGAAAUGUGGCAUCAAGAUGUACUACGAGCUGAAAGUGGUGGACAAGUUUCACAUUCCCAGAGAGACUCUGGUGAGAUUCAUCUACUCGUUGAGUAAAGGCUACAGGAAGAUCACGUACCACAACUGGAGGCAUGGAUUCAACGUGGGACAGACCAUGUUCACCCUGCUGAUGACAGGUGACCUGAAGCGUUACUACACAGACCUGGAGUGCAUGGCCAUGGUGACUGCUGGCCUCUGCCACGAUAUUGACCACAGAGGAACCAACAACCUGUACCAGAUGAAGUCUGGUAAUCCUCUGGCAAAGCUUCAUGGCUCCUCCAUCUUGGAAAGACACCAUCUGGAGUUUGGCAAGACUCUGCUGAGAGAUGAAGCGUUGAACAUUUAUCAGAAUCUGAACCGCCGUCAGCAUGACACCGUCAUCCACCUCAUGGACAUCGCCAUCAUCGCCACUGACCUGGCUCUCUACUUCAAGAAGAGGACGAUGUUCCAGAAGAUCGUGGACCAGUCCAAGACCUAUGAGAACUGGAAUGAGUGGACCAAGUACAUGAUGCUGGAGACCACGCGCAAAGAGAUCGUCAUGGCCAUGAUGAUGACUGCGUGUGACCUGUCUGCCAUCGCCAAACCGUGGGAGAUUCAGAGCAAGGUGGCGUUGUCGGUCGCUGCAGAGUUCUGGGAGCAGGGAGACCUGGAGAGGACAGUCCUGGAGCAAAAUCCCAUUCCCAUGAUGGACAGAAACAAAGCAGAUGAGCUGCCAAAGCUGCAGUGUGGUUUCAUCGACUUCGUUUGCGCUUUCGUGUACAAGGAGUUCAGUCGUUUCCACCCGGAGAUCACCCCCAUGCUGGAUCGCCUGUUGAACAACAGGAAGGAGUGGAACGCCCUGAAGGAGGUGCACGAGGCCAAACUGGCUGCCAUCGCGGAGCAGCAGAAAGCCAAGGAGGAGGCAGCUCAGAACGCUGCAGGAGCCAAACAAGCGGGUGCAGCCCAGUCCAAUUCAAAGACUUGUAUUGUCAGCUAGAGAUGCUACAACAGUACCUGGUUCCUUACUGCAUGGUGGUGGUCCAGCGUCGGGUUUCCCCAAAAAUCUCUCUUCUUUUUUUGAUCUCACCUGACAUACCCAGGUCUCUUCCUUCAACUGUCUCCUGAACUUCUUUCUGCACUACUUCUUCAUGUCCGUCCUUGGGUUCUGUGAUACUGUAUUACUCAUUAGAUACACUUGGCUUUAUGAUGUGUUCAGGCGUUUGUGGGAACCUCCAACAUAAAAGCAUAACAUGUGCAGGGUCACGCACAUGUACAGUGCACAUGUACUUACGUAAUUUUUAAAAUUACCUGCACCAAAACAUUUUAUUUACCCGCACCAUUUGGUGUAUUUGUCCUCCUUACUUGGUACCUCUGCCUCGGCCUGAUUUGACUGAAAGAAAUACAACAUCUACUGCUGCAACAUUUAAUUUUCUCAGGACCUGUACAGUAAAAUAAAUUAAAUUUUAAAUGGUCAUAGUUGGUGUAAUGCAGAGCAGGAUUACACUUUAAGGGGAAUUUUGGUUUAUUUCAACCUGUCUCCUGUCGUCCUAAAUUUGUUUCAAGUGACUAGUGACAUACAAAUAAUAGUUAGCAUGUUAGCCGUUAGCCUAGAUACAGCCGGGGCGCAUUAGUAGCGUCAGACCUGUUAAAACGUAAGUGAACGGGCAACCUUCAAGUGCAAAGUUAGUCCACUAAACAAGCUUUUUUUCCACAAAGACCGCCUCAUAUCGUUAGGAUAAAUGUCAGAGAACAUAUAGAAAACGACAUAAAGAAGGAAAUGUUCAGUGAGUUACAGUAUCAUAUGAGCUGAUUUUCCUUCUACAGUAAUGCACAGUGAAACUGCUUAUGAUCAUAGCCCGAGCAGAAAUCCAUUGCGCUUCUUUGUUGUUAUUUAUUUUAAUCAUAUUAAAACGUCCAUGGUGAUGUCACACAUUUAACAAGUCUUAUUUAAUACAUGAUGUAUAGAUUAAAUGCUGAAAUGCAAGACUUUCUUCAGCUUCUUUGGCUGCUCCAAGUACCCAUACCGUAACAGCAUAAUAGACGUGCAUCAAAACCCAAGUGUUGGCUGGCUCGACCGCAGUGUUUACAGUGCAGCUGUUGCCGUCUAGUUUGUCCAUGCGCUGUCAUCGUACUCUUUUUGCCCUGCGACAUUAUCAGUGGUAAAUUUGUUUUUCACUGUUUUUGAAAAGUGUCAAUAUCUGGAGUCUCACGGUCAGUGUGUGAACCUGAACAACAUACUUUCUUUAGGAAGUUACAUGCAGCGUGAAUCUAGAGCUGAGAAUUAUGUGCACAGCUCAAAUUUUACUUGCUCUAGUACCGUAUCUCCAGUCCUGCAUCCAGCAAGCUACAUAUGUGAUGUAAAAAGAUCAAACCUGGGAGACCAGCUACAUGUAAGAGGAAAUAUAGACUUUGUCAAAAUGUUGAAGCUUUUGCAAUAAAAAUGUUUCUGCUCAGA